AUGUCCGCAAUAGAAGAACAAUCAGUACAUCUCUUGGGGAAAAGCGCUGGAUACGGCGUCCUUGUCGGAGUCGGUGCCCUCUUUGCCCUUGGUAUCGUAGUGGCCACCCGCCUUCUGAACAAGUAUUUGGACGAAGACCCAAACUCCACCGAGAUGUUCAUGGUCGCCAACAGAACAGUUGGGACUGGCUUGACCAUAAGUGCCGUCUAUCUGUCGUGGAGUUGGACCACCGAAUUCUUGUGGAGUGUCACCAUGGUCUACUUGUACGGGGUCAUGUCGGCGUUCUGGUACGGUGCUGGCCUCACGGUGCAGAUCUGUCUCUUGUCCGUGCUCGGGAUCGAGGCCAAGAAGAAGAUCCCUGCAAGUCACACUUGUUUAGAGAUUGUCGAGUUGAGGUACGGCAUGGCCUGCCAUAUCUUAUACAUGUUCUUGUGCUUGGUCAAUAACUUGUUGUCGUGUGCCACCAUGAUCUUGGGUGCUGCUGGAGCCAUCUCGGUCACCGCAGGAAAUCUCAAUAUAGUUGCAAGCACCAUGUUGAUCCCAUUUGGAGUCUUGCUUUACACCACCGUGGGGGGCUUGAAGUCUACUUUCCUUACCGACUUUGUCCAUUCUUUCAUUCUCUUGAUUGUCUUGUGUUACAUCCCCACCGCCAUCUUGCUUAACAAGGAAAUCGGUGGCAUUGGUGGUCUUUAUGACUUGGCAGUGCAGGUCGACGCCAAGCGGUACAUCGAGGGAAACUUCAAAGGAUCUCUCCUUACGGGGAAGUCGCAGGGAGCUCUCUUCUUUGGCUUGAUCCACUCCAUAUCCGACACGGGGAAGACGGUCAUGGACAGCUCCUACUGGCAAAAGAGUUUCAGUGCCAACUUAAAGGCCUCGGUCCCAGCGUACAUCAUCGCUGGUGCACUUGUGUUUGCCAAUGUUUGGUCCUUGGGUACUAUUGUUGGGCUUGCCAACGUCAUCUUGGAGGGCAGACCCUCUUUCCCUACUUACCCACGUCAAAUGACUUCCUACGAGAUUAACAGUGGGUUUGGGUUGCCCUAUGUGUUGAAAGCCGUCCUUGGAGACGGUGCUCUUGGGGCGUUGUUGCUCAUCAUCUACCUUGCCGUGACUUCCACCGUUAGUGCCCAGAUGAUCUCUGUCAGUAGCAUCAUCUCCUUUGACAUUUUCAAGAAAUACAUCAAGCCAGACGCCCAGAACAAACACUUGAUCAGAGCCUCACACUUUGGAGUGGUGUUUUUCGGACUUUUUGCAGCCGCCUUCUCCGUUAUGCUCCACUAUGUCGGAGUGAACAUGACGUGGAUGGGCUACUUUAUUUCCAUGCUUGUUUGUCCCGGGGUGUUCCCUCUUGUAUUCACUAUCACUUGGUCAGGUCAAACCAAAUUGGCAGCUUUAGUCUCUCCAAUCGUUGGUAUGAUUGCAGGUAUUGCAGUGUGGUUGGGCACGGCACAUGCAUUCUAUGGUGAAGUGACUAUAGUCUCUACCGGUGCACAAUUGCCCUGUUUAUAUGGGUCUAUGACCACUCUAUUAUUGCCGGCCAUCCUCUCGAUAAUCAUCUCCUUAACCAUCCAUCCAUACAAGUUCGACUGGGAUAAGUUCAAAGAGGCUAAGCUUAUCGUAGCGGUGAACGACGAUUCAUCUGUUUCUGAAAAGGAGUCUGUCUUGGAAGAUACGUCCAAUGACUCUGUUUCUAAAAAGGUGGUAAGUGAAGUGGUUGUUGCUGAUGUUAAUGGCUGUGACGAAGAACGACAAUCUCUGGAACAAGAUGCUAUUGACAAAGAUAUUGCCAAAACGUUCAGUCUCUACUACAAGCUUGCCUAUGGGUCAACCAUCUUCACUCUCUUGUUGACAUGGGUCGUUUGGCCCUUACCUCUCUACCGGGAUUACAUCUGGAGUCGUCCGUUCUUCAUUGGUUGGACGUCGAUGAGUAUGGUCUGGGUGUACCUAGCGUUCGUUGUGGUUGGUUUGUAUCCUGUCUGGGACGGGAGACGUGAGCUUGCCAAAGUCUUUAGAGGUAUUUGGGCGGAUUACCUUGUGAAGAAGUGA